CAACUCAUUGGCGUUGAGUUGACUGGGGUGUGCAUCCACCUGGUGGUGACGUGGAAGAAAGACCUGGCUAUCGCCCCCGGAAACAUGGUGGAAUGGUGCCUACCUCAUGAUGUCGACCUCGAAGGGGUGGAGUUCAAGUCCAUGGCUAGCGGCUCUCAUAAGAUCCAGUCCGACUUCAUCUAUUUCCGGAAGGGGCCCUUCUUCGGCCUGGCCUGCUUCGCCAACAUGCCGGUGGAGAGCGAGCUGGAGCGCGGCGCCCGCAUGAAGUCCGUGGGCAUCCUGUCCCCCUCCUACACCCUGCUCUACCGCUACAUGCACUUCCUGGAGAACCAAGUGCGGCACCAGCUGGAGAUGCCAGGCCACUACUCUCAUCUGGCUGCGUUCUAUGAGGACAAGAAGGGGGAGCUCCAUGCAGGUCCGGGGAGAGGUGACCGCCUGCCACCCGUCUACUGGCUGCCCUCCAUCCACCGGUACAUGUACCCGGAGAUGAAGAUCACACACCCGGCCGGCUGCAUGUCGCAGUUCAUCAAGUUCUUCGGCGAGCAGAUCCUCACGCUCUGGAAGUUUGCACUCCUGCGGAAGCGGAUCCUCAUCUUCUCCCCACCGCCCGUGGGCGUGGUGUGUUACCGAGUGUACUGCUGCUGCUGCCUGGCCAACGUCUCUCUGCCCGGCAUCGGGGGCACCAUCCCAGAGUCUAAGCCCUUCUUCUAUGUGAACGUGGCCGACAUCGACAGCCUGGAGGUGGAGGUGUCCUACGUGGCCUGCACUACCGAGAAGGUUUUUGAGGAGAAGCGCGAGCUGUAUGACGUGUACGUGGACAACCAGAACGUGAAGACACACCAUGAGCACCUGCAACCCCUGCUGAAGAUAAACAGCGCCGAUAGGGAGAAGUAUAGGCGGCUCACGGAACAGAGGCAGAUGCUGCUGUACUCCCAGGAAGUGGAGGGAAACUACAACCCCUGCGAAGAGGACCUCUUUGUGCUGUUCUUCCUGGAGCAGAACAACCGGAUUUUCCAGACGCUGUUGGAGGUGUCUGCCAGCCAAGACAAGACCCUGACAGCCGAGCACGCGCGGGGCAUGGGCCUCGACCCCCAGGGAGACCGCAGCUUCCUGCUGGACCUGCUGGAGGCCUACGGCAUUGACGUCAUGCUGGUCAUCGACAACCCCUGCUGCCAGUAGCAGGCCGGCGGGUAGCCCCAGUUUCUAUGACGUUCCCACAAAGGGACACGCUUCCUACUUCCCAACAAAGCCACUUUCUGCAAUUUCCUCCUUUCCCCUCUUCCUCGGAGGUUAACAAAAGACCACCUUGGCUCUGUGUUCCCUUUGGGGGGAGGUGGGUGGUUGGAAUCUGUCCCUUGAUUUUUGGCCUCAGGAGUAAGAGUGGACCCUCGUCACUCGGUGAGAGACAGGGGAGUUGUGAAAGACGUGCAUCACCUGGAUGCCUGGCUCCGGACACUGGGCUGGACAGAAGGGCAUCUGGGUAGUGUCUGCCCCAAGAUGUGUUCUCGGAUUAGACAGCGUGGCCUUAGAUGAAUGUACCUCUGCCUCCAGGCUGGGUAGACCAGAUGGCCACACUGUAGACAGCUUGGGAUUUGUGUUCCUUAAUGACGUUGUUUCCUGUGGUCUGGGUUGAAUCUGAGUCCCUUCAGCCCUUUGGCUGGGAACCUCAAGAGGGGGACCCCGAUGUUCUUGAGGAGGGAACAGGCAGCUGACAUCUUUACAUGGUAGAAGGAAGCAAGUCCAAGGGGUGAGAGCCGCCCAAUAUUCCCGGACUUUCCUCCCCUAGGGGGAUCCUGAGCUUCAGUGCUGGCUGGGCCUCCAGGUAAACCCAUCACCCCGAUGGUCUCUGGUUAGGGCCCCACGGAGCCCUAGGGGCAGAAGGGGUUACACGGCAGUGGGUGUGGGCAUAAAGGGCAGCAAUUCCUGUUGGCAUCACGUGGGCCUUUGUGAGGGGCAAGCUCAGUGCCGUCCGAGCACAGCCAGAGCAGGGUGGAGGGGAUACCUGUGCCCCUGGACACAGGCUGUUGGCAUUGUAUGGGGACCAGAACAAGUCCCUGGAUUCCAGAGUCUAGCAAGUAUCUGGCAGCUGGUUAGCUCAGGUUGGGGAGGAUGCUGACAGGACAGAACCACUGUGGACCAUCCACAGGCAAACUCCUCUCUGGUGGAGGGAGCCAGCAAAUGGGGGAGGCUUGCCAGGCCCCUUCCCAGCAGUGUCUGGGUGCCCCAAGGUGCUUCCUCCUGAUAGGCUGCCACUUUAGGUCAGCUGGUGACCGGGUUCUAACCCCCAAGGUGCAGAGUUUUAGGACUGGGCUCAGCUGCAGGAUAGUGACAGGUGACAUCCUCUCACACUUUCCUGGCUGCUCCUUGUGGGAGGGGCUGUCCACCUGCCGUCUGUGGCCAGGCCCAGCCAGGCACUUGUACACCUGGAUGGACCCCCGAGUUGGCAGGCCCAGGCCCUUGGGGCCGACUGCCUUUCCCAAAGGGCUUCAUUAUGGCACUGCCAGGAAGUUCAGGCUUGAGCAAGUCUGUUCUGUAAAUAUACAGGUGGGAUUGGAGUUCAUCAGACCCACAGUGGAGCUGGCGGCCCCUCAGUGGGGAGGGGGCAGCCACCCCACUAGUGACAAAGCAGUCAGGGUUCAAAGCUGGGGCUUGGCUAGCUGAUCUUACAGAGAGCAAAGCAGCCUUCAUCUCCAUGAGGAGGGACCUCUGACCCAAGGUCAAGGACGGCUCGAAGGGGGUAAGGGGGAGAGGCAGGACCUGAUUCUCUGGUCAUUGCAGACCCUCUUGCUCUGCAACUUGCCAGAACGUUCCUCUCUGUGAUCCUCUUUGGUCCGGGUCCUUGAUGCCCACACUGCAGUGCUGGCCCAGGACCGGGCUGCGCCUUGUUCCUGUACUCCCUUGACGAGGACACCCUCAGGUUGGGCCUUGCAGCACCGUGUCCACAGCACCAUGUCUGCUCCCAGGUGGCCAUCAGGCCUGGCUCCAGGAGCUGGUGGCCACCCCACAUUACUGUCUCAUCCCCAAGCCUCACAGGGGCAGGACCAGUACCCCCAGACCUCUGGAAGCCCAGACCAGUUCCUCCCCCAGCUGCAUGCUGCCUAAGCCAGCUGAGCUCAGGGGAACACCCUGCCUGGCCUGUGGUCUGCUGUGGACUCAGACCUGUGCCAUCUAGAAAUGCCCACUAGCCUGACACAGGGCUGCCCUUUCAUUCUUGGGUCUAGUCAGGCCCUCAGGGGAGAAGGGUCCUGGUGGGGCUGGAGCCCAGGCUCGGAGUGGGCCAAGGUCUACGUGGGGCAGGUGGCAGUCAGUGGGCUUACUUCACCUCUAAGCUUAGCAGCAGGUAGGCAUUUACCACCAGAGGGAACUUGUCCAUAUGCCCCUGGCUGGGGAUGGCCACUGGCUGGAGUUUGCUUGGUCUUGUGCGUGGACGCCCCCUGCUGCCAUAGGGGCUGUUCUACUACCCUGUCCUACAGGGUCGCCAUGAGGUGGCAUCAAUUCUAGGGCAGUGAGUUUAACUCACCCAGUCAGCUUCUGUGUGAACUGUGGGGUGAGCGAGACCCCUUCUGCCCCUUCAGGGAAUCAGGAAUGCCCUGGGGGCUGCCGCCAACCAGGAGGGCAAGAUCAGGGCCUGGGGUUCACGCCUGCUGACAGACCUCACAGUUUGAAAGGCAUGGCCAUCAGCACCAGGCCUGCAGGGAGCCUGUGCCCCGCAGUGGUGGGAGGCGGUUCCCAGGGCAGCCCCCUGAAGCCCUGCCCUCAUGAGAUGCUGUCCCAAACCAACAGGAGGCUGACCAGGGACAGUGCCUAGCAGGGCUUCUCUCGCCCUGCUGCAGAAGUGGACUCCACGUCCUUGAGGAGGUGACCCACCCUGCCCUAGACCAGCCUCAUGCCAGGAAGGCCCUGGCCUGGCUCAGGCAGGGUAGGAGGGAGCACCCCCCCCACCAUGGUUCGUCUGUCCUCAGAGCUGGUGGAGCUGAGGAAGACCCGGAAGUCACUGUGGGGUUUCAAAGGGCAUUCCAGAACUCCGUCCCAGGAGAUAUGGACAGCAUAGAUGGACGUUCCAUUUGAUGGAAGGUUCUGCAGCCUGAGCGAGGAAAUGACUGGGACGCCGUAGGGUAGCCGGGGUCUCAGUCUCGUAGCUGGCUGGCACUUUGCAUUCUCUGGAGCAGAAUCCCGGGGUAGCUGAGCAGAGCAGCAAGCGUAGAAAGGGAGUCUGAGUUUUCUAAAGCUGUCUGGAGGGCUAGCAGUGGGGAAAUCAAGCCCCAGCUUCCAUCGUCUCGGUUUACUCCAGGCCUCUGGGUGGACUUGGAGUGAACGCAGGCCUCGGUGGAGCAGAGGCUGGGAGACAAGUCGGGGAUGAGUGUGGAUUGGCAGAUGGCUGGGCUUGGCUUAGGAUGAGCUUUCUACACCAACACCAAGUUCACCUUGCUUCCUAAGUACAAAGGGGGAGGGGGGGACAGCAGGGUAUCCAGGGCAAGGGUUGUAAGAACGCCAGAACCAACCCACAGGAUGGAGACUCCACAGCAGUCCGGGAGUGGACAUUAGUGGGAAUGCCCUCUUCCAGGUGAAUGUGGGGGUCAGCACUUUGGGGAGGUGGCGUGAGACCAGAAGCGAAGAAGAGGUGUAUGCACCGUGGGGUACGAGUGUUUGGGGUACAGCGUGCAGAAGAGCAAACUCCCCUUCCUUUGUCUGCCCCCAAGCUGGCUAGCUCUUUGCUUUUGCUUUGAAUUAAGUCUGGGACAGAAAUCCUGGAACACAAGGGGUUGUAGCCUUGGAAACGAGCUUUCCCGUCUUUGUUCUCUCCCCUCCCCAGUUAGGAGCUGGGUGGGCCUUCCUGCCAUCUGUCUUAAACAGGAAGUCCUGUUUUGAUGAACGCCCCAGCCUCCGAGGUCUAGCAAUAAGAAACACAGAAUCUAUUUUUGUUUCCAGACUUUACCUCACGUUCUUAACCUAGCAAGACGGUUGGCCGGUUUGGCCCCAGGUCCCCGUCCUGCCCUCCUACCCCCUGGUGGCAGCUCUGCUGUCCUGACCCUCAGAGAUCUCCUGCAAGGCCUGCAGACAGCGAGGGAGGCUGAGCCUGGAAGGGAGAGCCGUGGUUGCUGGCGUUGGCUUUGUUCUGUGGUACCAAUACCGUCUGUGUACAGACAUCCUACCUGUAUAUUCUGGGCCAAGUUGUGUGCAGAGAGGCUGAGAUAACUAUAUUUACAGAAAGCCAUUUUUACAAUUAAAGCUCACAUUUUAACAAGA